GUGUGUCCUAGAUCCUCCAAGACUUUAUAAGACACAGGGGAGAGACCUCACAGCAGAACAGAGGAGCCAGCAGUCAGCCUCUGGUUUACAUUUGAGGAAUAAAUCAAAGAUGUCGUCUUCUGGUAAACUCCUUGGACUCCUCCUAGCAGUCUGUUUUGUGUCUCUUAUUGAGAAGAGCGGAGUCAGUGCUCAGAGCACUUGCCCAACAUACUCCACUUUCAGAGAAUGUACCAGGACACCCCAGGAGACCUGCGAAACCUUGGGCAUCCACUAUCAGCCGAGUGAAACGUGCACGCCGCGUUGCGUCUGUAAUGACGGAUACGUUCUGCUAAGUUACGCCGAACCGCGAUGCAUCAAGGAGACCAAGUGCCCGACACUGACCCUGAAUUAAUCCUCCUGACUACAGAUGGAGCAGACUGCAGCCUACAUGGUCUUUG